UCACCAUUUUGUAGGCGUGGUUUACAAAAAAAGCUGACUAUUUUGGGGAGGACAACAAGCUCACUUUCUUCUUCUUUUAUUUCUCUAAUCUAGUCCUAAUACUUCACAGUUCACAACAAUGUCUAGUGUCUUUGAAAGCUACGAAGGACAAUUCUCUACUAUUACGGCUGACAUAACGGCCAGGAUAGGGAAAAUACCAAAUCUAAUUGGGACCGAAAAGAAGACCGCUAUCGGUGUUGUACAGGGUAACAUUGACGAAGCUGGAGAAUUGCUUGACCAGAUGGAUCUAGAAAUCCAUGACGUACCACAAGACAACAGGGGAGCUGCUAAAAAACGCCUAACGUCUUAUAAACAUGAGCUAGAGAGACUCAAGAAGGAAUUUCGUCAGUCACAAGUUGCUCUUGGUGAUGAGACGUCCAUGAGAAAAGAAUUAUUUGAUAGAGAGGAGCUAUACACUUCAGAGGAUCAUAGGGCAAGGCUUCUUGAUAAUACAGAGAGACUAGCAAAAACAUCAGAUACACUUGAAGAUGGCUACAGGAUUGCAAAGGAAACUGAAACGAUUGGACUAGACAUCAUUGACAACCUUCAGGGUGACAGGGACACUAUAAACAGGAUCAGAGGGAGGCUUCGUGACACAGACUCAGAGAUCAGUAAAGGAGGUCGUGUUAUUCGUAGAAUAGGGAGACGUAUUGUACAGCAUAAGAUAAUUCUUGCUGUAGUGAUACUGGUAAUAUUGGUCAUCAUAGGCCUAUUGAUAUUUGGCAUUGUCAAGAUACACCAAAAAACUUCAUCAAAGUGAUACAUACUGCCCCUCUUUCUCUCUACCCUUUCAAAGAUUAUGGAUAACUCUGCCGAGAUUUAUGUAUUAUUAAUAAAUAUUAAUUUGAUUCUUGUUUAUAAUUAUUAUUAUGUUUACAUGUUUGUUUAUUGUGCAUGUUGUAUGGCUAUCAUUUAUUAAUUGUAAUCAUUAUUAUUAUUAUUUUAUUUUAUUAUGAUUGAAUGAGUAUAACUAUAAUUCUCGUAUUAUCAA